GGCGGCGGCGUGUCGGUGAGAGUAGCGUGGGGGUGGGGAGGAGAGGCGGCGGCGUCGGAGCUACGCCACACGGGGUCGGAGCGCUGGGAGCAAGAGCGCGGAGCGGGGUCGUGGUGGCGGCGGUGGGAAGAGGGAGGCGGAGGAGGGGGCGCCAUGGCGGGGCAGCAGUUCCAGUAUGAUGACAGCGGGAACACCUUCUUCUACUUCCUCACCUCCUUCGUGGGGCUCAUCGUGAUCCCGGCCACAUACUACCUCUGGCCCCGAGACCAGAAUGCCGAGCAAAUUCGAUUAAAGAAUAUCAGAAAAGUAUAUGGAAGAUGUAUGUGGUAUCGUUUACGAUUAUUAAAACCCCAGCCAAAUAUUAUUCCUACAGUAAAGAAAAUAGUUCUCCUUGCAGGAUGGGCAUUGUUCUUAUUCCUUGUAUACAAAGUUUCCAAAACAGACCGAGAAUAUCAAGAAUACAAUCCUUACGAAGUAUUAAAUUUGGAUCCCGGGGCAACAGUAGCAGAAAUUAAGAAACAGUAUCGUUUGCUGUCACUUAAAUAUCAUCCAGAUAAAGGAGGCGAUGAAGUUAUGUUCAUGAGGAUAGCAAAAGCUUAUGCAGCUUUAACUGAUGAAGAGUCUCGGAAAAAUUGGGAAGAGUUUGGAAAUCCAGAUGGGCCUCAAGCCACAAGCUUUGGAAUUGCCCUGCCAGCUUGGAUAGUUGACCAGAAAAAUUCAAUUUUGGUUUUACUUGUGUAUGGCUUGGCAUUCAUGGUUAUCCUUCCAGUUGUUGUGGGCUCUUGGUGGUAUCGCUCAAUACGCUAUAGUGGAGACCAGAUUCUAAUACGCACAACACAGAUUUAUACAUAUUUUGUUUAUAAAACCCGAAAUAUGGAUAUGAAACGUCUUAUCAUGGUUUUGGCUGGAGCCUCUGAAUUUGAUCCUCAGUAUAAUAAAGAUGCCACAAGCAAACCAACAGAUAAUAUUCUAAUACCUCAGCUAAUCAGAGAAAUUGGCAGCAUUAAUUUAAAGAAGAAUGAGCCUCCACUUACCUGCCCAUAUAGCCUGAAGGCCAGAGUUCUUUUGCUGUCUCAUCUUGCUAGAAUGAAAAUUCCUGAGACCCUUGAAGAAGAUCAGCAAUUUAUGCUGAAAAAAUGCCCUGCUCUACUUCAAGAAAUGGUUAAUGUGAUUUGCCAACUAAUAAUAAUGGCCCGGAGCCGUGAAGGUGAGGAGGAAACAAUUAAUUGUUGUACUUUUUCUUGCAAGCAUAUGCAGAUUACACUUUAUAGUUUUAAGAUUUAUGGGGAAAAAAGAAUGAGGGAGUUUGUGUCAGUAAUGGAAAGGGAGACUCUUAAGAAAGAAUACAAAAUUAAGACUAUCCAGGAUUUGGUGAGCUUAAAAGAAUCAGAUCGUCACAAUCUGCUGCACUUCCUUGAAGAUGAGAAAUAUGAAGAGGUUAUGGCUGUCCUUGGGAGUUUCCCGUAUGUGACUAUGGACAUAAAGUCACAGGUAUUGGAUGAUGAAGAUAGCAACAACAUCACAGUAGGAUCCCUAGUUACAGUGUUGGUUAAAUUGACAAGGCAAACAAUGGCAGAAGUAUUUGAAAAGGAGCAGUCCAUCUGUGCUGCAGAGGAACAGCCAGCAGAAGAUGGGCAGGGUGAUACUAACAAGAACAGGACAAAAGGAGGAUGGCAACAGAAGAGUAAAGGACCCAAGAAAACUGCUAAAUCAAAAAAAAAGAAACCUUUAAAAAAAAAACCUACACCUGUGCCCUUAUCACAAUUAAAGCAACAGAAACAAAAGCAGGCAAAUGGAGUCAUUGGGAGUGAAGCUGCAGUAAAGGAAGAUGAAGAAGAAGUUUCUGACAAAGGCAGUGAUUCUGAAGAAGAAGAAACCAACAGAGACUCCCAAAGUGAAAAAGAUGAUGGUAGUGACAGAGACUCUGAUAGAGAGCAAGAUGAAAAACAAAACAAAGAUGAUGAAGCAGAGUGGCAAGAAUUACAACAAAGUAUACAGCGAAAGGAGAGAGCUCUCCUGGAAACCAAAUCAAAGAUAACACAUCCUGUUUAUAGUCUUUACUUUCCUGAGGAAAAACAAGAAUGGUGGUGGCUUUAUAUUGCAGAUAGGAAGGAACAGACGUUAAUAUCUAUGCCAUAUCAUGUGUGUACACUAAAAGAUACAGAAGAGGUAGAACUAAAGUUUCCUGCACCAGGCAAGCCUGGAAAUUAUCAAUAUACAGUGUUUCUGAGAUCAGACUCAUAUAUGGGUUUGGAUCAGAUUAAACCGUUGAAGUUGGAGGUUCAUGAGGCUAAGCCUGUGCCAGAAAAUCACCCACAGUGGGAUACAGCCAUAGAGGGAGAUGAAGACCAGGAGGACAGUGAGGGCUUUGAAGAUAGCUUUGAGGAAGAGGAAGAAGAAGAGGAAGAUGAUGACUAAGCAAUACUACGAAUGGACCACAAUAUUUGCAAAUUUUUGCUGUUUAGGAAGUGUAUAAUAAACCAGAAACAGUGCAGAAUUGAUGUUGAUGGGAGGUGUUAGUUUUUUACUAGAAGUGGGUGCAUAAUAUAACUAGGCAGUGGUCGUGCCUUGGUACAGCCUGAAAAAUGCUUAAGGCUUCUUCAAGCCUUUCAAGUAUGGGAUGGUGCAUUUAUUUCAUCUGCAAAUGAUAAUAAACCCUUUGUUACAACUGUCCAGAAGUGUGGGCUAUGUAUUAUCUGAUCAGUUUAUGGUCCCAGGAAAAGUAAAGGUACAUGAAAAACAACCUAUAAAUGAGCAACUUUUCUUCAUUUAGCUUUAGAUUUAGCAAACAUUAAAGUAUGAUGAAUACCACAAAUAUGUUUUAAGUAACAUCUGCUCAAGUUUUAAUCUGUUGAUAAGAUCUAUCAUUCGUUUAUUGACAUUUUGCAGUGAUACGAGACUAUUUAUAAAUAACAGCUCCAUUCAUAGCUUUAAACCUUUUAUUUUUACCUAUCUUGGUCAUAAGUUGGCAUUCUUUCACAUUCCACAUAAUAUAGAGGGCUACAUUUUGGAAUUUUCCUUUUCUUAAUUGCCCAGAGUUAUCAGACAGAUUAUAAAAAUGGCUUUUAAUGGCUUAAAACAUUUUUAAGCCUCUAUUUUAGCAGAUCAAUGCAGGAUCUAAUUCUUUUUAUAAGCUAUGGGUCUAAAAAUGAUUGUGGGACCAUAUGUUCUCUAACGUUGGUGACUUAUGUUAUUAAACCUUUUUUAAAAGGUUCACUAUAAAAGCUGAAAUACAUUCUUAGCUUUUAAUCUACCUGACUCUAUCAGAAGCCUUUUAAGGAAAAAAUAUAUAACAUGCAAAGGAGGCAUUUUUUUGUAUUCAUUUUGGACUCCUGUCAAUAAAAUAGAAGUUUGACUCAUUUUA